UUUGCUUGAGUAAUUUGAAACCAUGCUGUUUUUGUGAAAUUGGGUCAUUAGAAGGCUAGUUAUUGUUAUUUGCAUGUUGUCUCUAUCAAGACAUUCUUAUUAGGGGCGGAGUGAAGUUGCUUUGCUGGUAUAUUGGUGAUAGCUCUCUAUUCUUAGACAUCUAAUUUUGUCUUGAAAGUGGUAGGAGAGUGGAAAUCUGUGUAGACUUUAAGCGCAUAUAGCGCUGUGCGGUUAUUAAUGUAACUGCAAAAUUAAGAAAAUUAUUAAAAAUUAAAAUUGUGUAAUUCAAGAUGAAAAACUGUAAACGCAAAUCACAAUUAUAUGGAUAGAAGAAUUGGAAAAGAACUACAAUAUCAGCAAGUUGUUUUGGUUAGUGCAUCUCCCUUUGGUGUCUGCACUGAAGUGUCAGCUAAGCCAGGUGAAAUAACCUGUUUUGCACCUAGCUUCAGACCUUAAGCGCAUCUCAAGCGAGUCUCUGAUAACAAUACUAUCUGUUAUUUUCAAAACAUUUUUGUGAAAUUGUCUUAAUGGUUGUUGGAGCUCAGCCUUAGAAUGUUGCUUCUGAAAAAGUUCUUUUAUGCAAUCCUGCCGUUCUUUAAUGAGGAAUUGCAUAAAUCAACCUUGAAAGCUGCCUUGGAGGGGUUUGAGAGGUGGGGUUGAAGGAGAAUGGAUGAUUAAUCACACCAGGUUUCUGCUGUGCACAUGCUCUGCUUGGUGCCUUGGUGGAAACUGUUGUGCAUAUCCACUCUGAAAAGGGCAAGAGAGGUUGAUAGAGGGGGUAUAUAAGUUUCCAUUUCCACCUUCUCUCCACAAUUUACCUUGGAAGGUAUGCGUAUGGUGUUGGCAUCACAUAAUGGAAAUGGCUGAGAAGGACGAGACAGAAGGGCGGUGUCCUGCAUGCCGCAGUCCAUAUAAUAAGGAAAAGAUUGUUGGCACGGCAGCAACUUGUGAAAAGAUGGUGAGCUCAGAAAAAAAAUUGACAUCUCGAAAGGGUAAAAGUAAAACAGCUGAUUCGAGAAAGCAACUUAGCAGUGUGCGCGUCGUUCAAAGGAAUCUUGUCUACAUUGUUGGUUUGCCUCUCAGUUUAGCUGAUGAAGAUCAGCUUCUGCAGCGUAAAGAAUAUUUCGCUCAGUAUGGGAAGGUUCUGAAGGUAUCUAUGUCUCGAACAGCUGCUGGUACCAUUCAACAGUUUACAAAUAAUACAUGCAGUGUAUAUAUUACCUAUUCAAAGGAGGAGGAAGCAGUCCGUUGUAUUCAGGCUGUACAUGGAUUUAUUUUGGACGGUCGACCUCUAAGAGCGUGCUUUGGAACCACAAAAUACUGUCAUGCUUGGUUGAGGAGUGUGCCCUGCACCAAUCCUGAUUGUUUAUACUUGCACGAGAUUGGGUCGCAAGAAGAUAGCUUUACUAAGGAUGAAGUAAUUUCUGCUUACACAAGGAGUAGGGUUCAACAAAUUACUGGUGCCGUUACUAGUAUGCAACGGAGAUCAGGGAGUGUUUUACCACCACCGGCAGACGAUUACUGCAAUAACAGCUCUGCUUCUGCAGGGAGACCUUUUAGUAAAACUGCUACAAAUAAUUCAGCAACCAAUGCCAGAGGCUCUCCGCCAAAUAGCAGCCCUGGUAGAUCAGCUGCUCUUCCUGCUGGCGCUUUGUGGGGAACGCGUGCAUUAAAUAACCAUCUGCCACUAGCCAGUGCAAGUUCUAAUGCACUGCUGCCUCCCAGUGCAACAAGUUCUAAUGGCCUGCCGCCUGCCAGUGCACCAAGUUCUAGUGGACCUCUUAAACAGAAGGCUGAAAUAUGUAGCCCACUUACAUGCUCCAAUGCUGUUGCAAAUAAUAGUCAGGUCUUGUCAUUGCCUGCUGAAGCAGGAAAGAAAGCUAUUCAUAGCAAAGAAAGUGGCAUUAGUCAAGAGAAAGGUGAAAUAGACACGUUAGAACCUGUUAAACUGCCUGUAGGAGCAGAUGAUGCAACUUAUAGUUCUGAGAAACCUGCUAUCGCCAUACAUCGUGUUUCUUAUUUUAUGAACAGUCAGUUACAUAACAUCCCGUCUUUGAAGGACAAAGAUAUACAUUUGAUCACAUCAUCCAGUGCUACAAGUACCUUUGAUCUUCCUUUGAUGUCUAAUGGACCUAGUUUACCAAAAGAUACCUAUGAUCCUGAUACAGAUGUUGAGAAGAAUGUAUGCUCAGAUAUUUCAUCAUUUAGCAUUGAUAAACAGCAAAAGUCACAUGCCACCAAUGAGAAAUCAAGGGAGCCGUCGCCUUCUCAGACGAAUGGGAAAUCUGUGAUUUCUGCAGAUGAUAUUUUUAUCUCAAGACAAACGUCUGAUUUGAGACUGGAAACACAGUCUCAAGGAAUACAAGACACAACUCCUGAAAUGGAGGAUGAUUUGCGAUCUUUCAAUGCACAGAGACAUAAGGAUCCUGAAGUAAUUUUAGAGAAAAGCUACUCAUCAAGUCCUUCCAUCUCUUUACACUCUUCUGGGCAGCUUAAAGGUUAUUCUUCGCAGUUUGCCAAUGGGGUUGGACCUAUUAGAACCAACAUACAAACUUUUGACCAAAGAGCUGAUUCAGUAUUACAUCCUUCUAGUAUUGGAGAACUUCCUAAUGGAUACCCUGAAAAUGUAUUCAGUUGUGCGGGUAAAUAUUUGGGAAGCACUGAUGACACUUAUUAUUUGUCUAAUGAAGGUACGAGGAUGCACAUGGAUAGGUUUGAAGGUCAAACUGCUACUGCAGAUCAUAGUACUACUGCAAAUAGGGGAGAGAACAAAAUAAUAUCUAAUAUUUUGUCUAUGGAUUUUGACCCAUGGAAUGAGUCAUUAGCCUCUCAGAACUUGGUUAAGUUGUUGGGAGAAACUGAUAACCAACAAGGGUCUAGAGUAUCAAACUCAAGAAAAGUACAGAGCAGCAAUCAAUCAAGGUUCUCUUUUGCAAGGGAGGAAGAACCCAUGAAUCCAUCAGCUGAUUCUCGACCAUCUUCAAGUUACAUUGACAGAAGCUAUAGUCAUCGCCCUCUUGAUCAAGAUUUUCAAAAUAGCAGAAGCUAUCAGCUUGAUGGUUUUGGUACUCGCAAUGGUUUCUCUCUAUUUAAUAAUCAGGAAUCUAAUGGUUUUGCCGACAAUUAUUCUCACCUCUCCUCUAAUAAGCAAUUAGUGUCGAGAUCUCAGAUGACUGCGCCUCCAGGGUUUUCAGCACCAAAUAGGGCCCCACCCCCAGGCUUUGCAUAUGAGAAAAUGGAACAUAAUUUUGCUUCUCUCUCUGGUACUCACAUGCUUGAUACCUCCUCCUUAUUGCGCAAUGAAUAUCAGGCUCCAACAAUUGGGAAUGUCAACAACGGGGACAUUGAGUUUAUGGAUCCUGCAAUUUUGGCAGUUGGCAAAGGCAGGGUUCAAAAUGGCCUUAAUGUCUCAAGUCUAGACAUGUCUCCAAGGUUUCCUCCACAGCCAAGUGCUUUUGAAAAUGAGGCAAGAUUUCAGUUACUCAUGCAAAGAUCUCUCUCUCUGCAUCAGAAUCAGAGAUUCACUGAUAAUGGGGACAACUUUUUCAAUGAUGCUUAUGGAAUUUCUUCGAGGGUUGUGGAGCAAACUCUGGCCAACAAUCUUUCCCCAUUUUCACAACUCAAUCUUCCCCAGGGCAGGAACUCUGUGAUGUCAAAUGGUCAGUGGGAUGGCUGGAAUGGGGUCCCAAGCGGAAAUGACUUGGGCAUGGCUGAACUCCUCCGAAGUGAAAGGCUGGGCUAUAACAAGUUCUUCAAUGGAUAUGAGGAACCAAAGUUUCACAUGCCCAAUUCAGGCGAACUGUAUAACAGAACAUUCGGGAUAUAAAUGUGCUUCUGGGAUUUGUUCGGCUUGUUGAGUACUUGUGGGAGAAACAAUGAAUUAGAAAAAUCAUGUGUGACUAGCAGACGUGCUUGAGAUGAUCAAAGUUACAAUGAUGCUCAAAUUGUGGUAAUAACUCAAGGAUCGCUGUGAGGAAAUAUGAUCGAUUUGCCUUUCUAGAAGGAAGCUUGAUCAUGACUGUCUGAACACUGCUUUCUGAUUGGUGAAGGAUGAAAUCCUCGAAAACAGGAUGUCCAGAAACCAACAGGUGAAAGCUGCUGAGUUCUUCGGGGCUCCACAGUUGUUUAGACAGGAAACCUUGCGUGAUUGAGUUGGCAGGUGACGUGGGAGUGGAGAAUCAGGUUGGUCGCGCACACAUUACUUGGAGGCAUUGACACACAAAGCUCAUUUUUCUCAGCUUGCCUGCAAUAAUGCAAAUAGUAAAAGCUAAUAGAAGUUAUAGAAAUAUAUAUCUGUUUAUACCGAACUUUGUCCUAAUUAUUUUGGAAAAAAAAUUGCUGCAUUAGCGGUGAACAUCAUGGACAAGAUUAGUCGUGUUGUGUGGAGCCUGAAAUCUUGUUUCUUGACAAAACUAGUGCGAUGAAACUAAGGUGUGCUUCUGAUUAUCUU